AUGUGCAUAGGAAAGUGUGCCCGCUGUGUGGGCCUCUCACUCAUCCUUCUCUCCCUGGUCUGCAUUGUGGCCAAUGCCCUCCUGGUGCCUGACGGGAAGACCACCUGGACCAAUGAUCAUCUCAGCUUGCAAGUCUGGCUCAUGGCUGGCUUCAUCGGUGGUGGCUUGAUGGUACUGUGUCCCGGAAUUACUGCAGCCUUUCGAGCAGGAGGCAAGGGCUGUUGUGGUGCAGGAUGCUGUGGAAACCGCUGCAGGAGGCUACGUUCUGUCUUCUGCUCAGCCUUCGGGACGCUUGGUGCCAUCUACUGUCUCUCGGUGUCAGGAGCCGGUCUUGGAAUUGGACCCAAAUGCUUAAUGAAGGGCAAGUGGGACUAUCACUUUCAAGAAACCAAAGGCGCUUACUUGCUCAACUAUACUCAAUGGAAUUUGUGCGAGGAGCCACCUAACGUGGUCCCCUGGAAUGUGACCCUAUUCUCCUUGCUGGUGGCCGCUUCAUGCCUGGAGAUCAUACUUUGCGGAAUACAGUUGGUGAAUGCAAUCAUUGGUGUCUUCUGCGGCGAUUGCAAGAAAAAGGGCACUGCCAACUGAGGAUCCACUGACCCCUGGGUUAAAUCUGCUGUUCAUGGACGCCUGCUGGGCCCUCCCUCUCCCUGGCUCUUUGCAAUAUGUUAUGGACAAGCGACUUCGAACAAUAGAGAUUUGCCAUACUCUGUGCCA